AAAACCUAUUGUUUCAAUGACAUUCGAAUUGUCAAAUUUCUAUUGCGUUAGUUUUUGUAUUUAUCAACAAUGCCUUUUAAAUCUGAUAAAGUAACAGUAGGAAAAGGAAAUCAUAAAUCUAAGGAAGAAGAACAAGAGGAAGAAUUUAUUGAUGAUUCCGACGAUCAGCUGCAAACAAUGGACCUGUUAGUUGUAUUAGAGCGGAACGCUACGACACCGAGCUUAAAAGUAAUUGACGAAGCUGCCGCUAGUGCAUUCGGUGAAGUCAAGGUUACAAGCUACGACAAGUUCUUCGUGUUGGAAUUCAGUAAUCGCUCGAAGACUAGAAAGGCACUGAACGAAGGACUAAUGAUCAAUAUGGAGUACUUACGGUUUAAAACAAUGCAUUCGUUUUUAAAUUCAUUGAAUUAAAGUUUUCAUCGAAAAUUUACGUCGUCUUCUUAGCACCAGAUCGAAACAGCUGAGCUGCGGGGAAAUUUUUUUCAGACGCGAGCUGAACUGCGGUGGUAUAAAGGAAUAAUAGCAACAUGUUUCAAGACCCACACCUCUAUGUGAUCCAAGCAAAUUACUUGUGUGUCGUUAUGACUCCGACUCCGACUUCACGUCUCGGAUCGGGGACCUAGCCCACUCCCAGUUGAGGCUCUCUUAGAAGGUUAAGGUUUGACUUGUUGGUUUAAAUUGACUUCAAACCUUCAAGCUCUCCUUUUUCCCUUUGGCCCGUCAAGCCCACUCACAAACUUGAUAAACAAAUGCCGUAGCAUAUCUUUAUCCGUCUCUGAGCGAACAGCGCUGGGUCGCCACUCGAGUUGCUGACACUUAUAUACCUCUGCGUUUACAAAGGUGUAUAUAAAAUAAAACGAUCGAAACAGCAAAAGGUGUCGCUAAUACGAAAUUUAAAACGUGGGUCGCAGAUGCAUUGGAUUGAAUUUUUGGCUCGCAUUGGAUUGAAUCGCAGAAUCGGCGUUGACCGCAUAAAGAUCAAUUAAAGGACACCUUGGUACAUCGAAAAUAUGGCAGACGCAAAGCGAAACGAAGGCGAAUCAAUGACCCAUUCCAUGACGUUAAUAGAACGCUUGGCGCGAUCUUAUCAAUUUAUGAAAGAUAAAAUUCUUCGGCUGGAAGAACAAUUUGUGAAUCGCAAUUAUGAAAUUUCAUCCAACAAUGAUGUGUUGGAAGCUCAAAUCGAACCGAUUGCAAAUCCAUUAACUAAUGUUAAUGACAAUUCGGUUUGUGAUCGAAGAGACACUGAAAAUAUUAGUGAUAAAGCGAUGAUCAAAAUAUUCGCCGAGCAUCUGCCGAAAAUGAAGGACGCAUAUGGACGUCUCAAUCUGGCUGUGGAUGAACAGAAACGAAUCAUCGAAAAACAACAAAAAUUACUACAUGAACGGCGCCCCGCCGAUCCAGGAUGUGAUUCGGCUGCCCACAAAGUUCCAAUUCCGGUCACUGCCAAUCGACCUGUUGAACAUGCUUCGAACGUUGUGGAGCCAUGUGCGUCACCCGAUUUGUUUGAUGAGUUCGAUGACAUUAAAAGUCCAUUGCCAUCGCAAAUGUCGAAUGUUACGGCGUAUCAAGUGAACAAGCGCCCCGCCGAUCCUGACGACAACGUCCCACUUCCGGUCACUGCCAAUCGUACGUACGACGUACAGUCCGACGACAGUGAUGAGGAUUGCCAACGAUUCAACAGAAAGUCAACUGUCGAUCGUCAACUUGAUAAAAACUUUUUGUUUCUUCAAGUUGACAUUUCAAACAAUCUGUAAUGAGUAUGUUCAAUAAA